AUGUCAUUUGCCAAAGCCUCAACUCCCAUCUCUCUAUCAAUCCGAUCAACCCUCAGGGCUACUCCUCGCCCUCUUCUUCUCUCCGUCCGACCCAUCUCUUCCACCCCAGUCAGUCGAAUGGUAGUUUCACCAUUCCUUUAUGAAGCUCGUAAGACCUCGAGGAGCGCUUGGGCCAAAGAUCCUAUCGUCAAGUAUGAAGAAUUGAAACCUAUCACCCAACAACCUACUGAUGACAUCCUCAUUGUAGACGUACGGGAACCAGACGAAGUUGCCCUAGGCUCCAUCCCCUCUGCGGUCAACUUACCUCUAUCAAGGUUGAAGGACGCUUUGGAUAAAGGUUUCAAUCCAGGUGAUUUCCAAAAAGAAUUCGCAUUCUCCAAACCAACUUACGACCAAAAUAUAAUCUUCUUCUGUCGAUCGGGUAAACGAUCUGCCAACGCUGCUGAGCUGGCCGGCGAGAAGGGUUAUGGUAACGUUAGGAACUAUGUUGGAAGUUGGCUAGAUUGGAGCAAGAGGGAAGGCGAGGAUAAGGAUGAUUAG